CUGAGCCGGAGGAAGCGCUGCUAAGGAAGGCGCAGCGGUGCAGAGGGUCUGGGCGCUGAGGUUUCAUCCGAUCCCCCCCAUCGGAGACAGCGCGCGCAGCCCUCACUGCAGACACGGUUUGUUCAGCUGAGCACAGAGACACGGAGCCUCUUUAAUGCGGAGACUGAGCGGCUGCUGUGGUCGCACGGAGAGAAUGGCUCAGCGCUCAGAGCGACGAGGGGAGAAACACGCAUCGCAUCUCCGCGAAGAUCUGCAGCAGAGCCGCUCUGGAAUCUGACUCUCUCUCCUCCCUGCUGGCUUUCUUGGAUUUUUUUAUAAGGGGAUUGAAAAAAAGGCAUCGUCGAAUUCGGUCUGUUCCCGGGGAGCGAUGGGAAGAGCGGGGCGGUGCGCUCCGAAAACCAGCACACCGUCCGUCGAACGAAUUAUUUAGUCCGGAUCUGGAGCAAAACGAAGAAUUCGAAAUAUGGGGAAAUAUGAGAAGUAAGAAGACCCGAAUCCCCUGAGCCUCGGUACUCUGAGCAGCAGGGCUGAUGUUCCUUCUUCAAGGUGUUUGAACCUGACUUACAAUGGAAAACCUGCUGGUCUAUCUGUUGGUUAUUGGCAUGGCAGUUAAAGCCCAGAUUUGUCCCAAGCGCUGCGUCUGUCAGAUAUUAUCUCCCAACCUUGCAACACUCUGUGCCAAAAAAGGGCUGCUAUUUGUCCCCCCAAACAUCGACCGGCACACUGUGGAGCUGCGCCUGGCCGAUAACUUUGUCACAAGUGUAAAACGUAAGGAUUUUGCCAACAUGACAAGGCUGGUGGAUCUUACCCUGUCCAGGAAUACAAUAAGCUUCAUCACUCCUUAUGCUUUUGCUGACCUGGAGAACCUGCGUGCUUUGCACCUCAACAGUAACCGCCUGACACGGAUAUCUAAUGAUACCUUCAGUGGCAUGUCCAAGUUGCACCACCUGAUUCUGAACAACAACCAGCUGACCCUCAUCCACAUGGGGGCCUUCAAUGACCUGCUGGCCUUGGAAGAAUUGGAUUUGUCCUACAACAACCUGGAGACCAUACCCUGGGAGGCUAUCCAGAAGAUGACCAGCUUGCACACUCUUAGUCUAGACCAUAACAUGAUUGACUUCAUCCCAGAGGGUACUUUUGCUCUACUGCAGAAGCUGAACCGUCUGGAUGUGACCUCCAACAAGCUUCAGAAGCUCCCACCUGACCCGCUGUUCCAGCGGGCUCAGGUACUGGCCACCUCGGGUAUUAUCAAUCCCUCAUCCUUUGCUCUGAGCUUUGGCGGAAACCCACUGCACUGCAACUGUGAGUUGCUGUGGUUGCGGCGUCUCAACCGGGAGGACGACCUGGAGACCUGUGCCACACCCACACAUCUGUCAGGCCGCUAUUUCUGGUCCAUUCCAGAGGAAGAGUUCCUCUGUGAGCCACCUCUCAUUACACGCUACUCCCAUGAGACACGGGUGCUGGAAGGCCAGCGGGUCACCCUCCGGUGCAAGGCCCGGGGAGACCCAGAGCCUGUGAUCCACUGGAUAUCCCCAGAAGGAAAGAUAGUGUCCAACUCCACACGGACAGUGGUCUACAACAAUGGCACACUGGACAUUCUGAUCAGCACAGUGAAAGACACAGGUUCCUUCACUUGCAUCUCCUCCAACCCAGCAGGAGAAGCCCAUCAGACCGUGGACCUCGUCAUUAUCAAGUUGCCUCACAUCACCAACAGUACCAACAACAUCCAGGAGCCGGACCCAGGCUCCUCAGACAUCUCCACGUCGACCAAAUCAGGCGCCAAUGGCGGCAACCACACAGUGGACAUGAAGACUAACUCAGACAAGAGGGUAGUUGUUGCAGAAGCAACCUCCUCCACUGCCCUCAUUAAGUUCAACUUUCAAAGGAACAUUCCAGGCAUUCGCAUGUUCCAGAUCCAGUACAACGGCACUUACGAUGACUCUCUCGUUUAUAGGAUGAUCCCACCUACAAGCAAGAGCUUCCUGGUGAACAACCUGGCUGCGGGCACCUUGUACGACCUGUGUGUUCUGGCCAUCUACGACGACGGUAUCACCUCACUCACGGCCACGCGGGUGGUGGGCUGCGUACAGUUUACCACCGAGUCCGAGUACCUCCGCUGCCACUUCAUGCAGUCCCAGUUCCUGGGCGGCACCAUGAUCAUCAUCAUCGGCGGCAUCAUUGUGGCCUCUGUGCUGGUCUUCAUCAUCAUCCUCAUGAUCCGCUACAAGGUGUGUAACAACAGCGAGACGGCUAAGGGCGCCAUGGUGACCAACGUCCACUCCCAGACCAAUGGCUCCCAGUCGCAGGGCUGCUCUGUCACUCCCUCCGUGUCCAAGCAAGGCCUGGGCCAGGAGAGCGAUGGCUGCCAAAAAGCUGCAGCGCCGGCAGCCCCAGACACGGUGACGCAGUCCUCCGAGACAUCUUUGCCGGAGAGCUCCGCUGCCAUCUCGGCUGCAAGCCACAGCAGGGCCCCUGGUUCCUCCACCUCCUCGAGGUCAAAGCGCCAAGCCGCGCCCCGUCCCACGGCCGCACCUAGAGCGGAGGCCCCACCCAAUGCCGAAACACAGAACACAAACCGCAACAACUCCACAGCUCUGCAGCAGCUGCGGCCCCUGCCCGCCGCCCGCAUCAAGGACACGCCGGUCUUCAGAAGGGCAAAUGCCAAGUCCUCCCCCAAGUACCUGACUUUGCCAGCAGAGGGUGUGAGGGCCAAGCGCAGGUACUCCCUUAACGAAGACUUGUCCAAACAUCACUGCUACAUCAGCUCUCAGAAGCUGGGCAGCAUGUGGUCCAAGCGAAGCUUGUCCAUGAACGGGAUGCUUCUCCCGCUUGAGGGCUUUGGGUUGGAGAGCGGGAAGGGCUACUCCAGUUCUGAGUGGAUACUAGAAAGCACUGUGUGACUGUGCUCCUUUUUCCUCCCCAAGCCGUUUUAGUUGUGUUUCCUUUCACGGAGUUGCCAGGGUGGUGGAUUGUAACCUUGUAGGGGCUGUGGAAUUGGGCAAAAAUUUUUUCUCUCCAUCGAAGAACAGCUACACCAACCAAUGGCACUGUUGUCUCCACAGCAUUUCAAUCACUUCAUAUAAAAAAAAAAAGAUGAAUAAAAAAUAAAAAAACCCCUUCUCACAUAUGCGUACGGUAUGUCGGUCAUGAGCAACACGGUCAGAAAAGAAGCAUUGGUGCCUUCCUUUGUGUAACAGUGGGCCUCUCAAAACGUGCAGCUGGAGGCACCUUCACACAGCUGCUCUCCGUGACGGGCGAUCAGGAGGAACGAGCAAGAUAUCACAAAAAGCCUUUUUACAAAGGAAAUAACAUUUCCUGCAUACUAUACGGUCAAAAAAGGAAAGAAAAAUAUAACGAAAA